AUGAGAGCCAACGACUUGCUUGAAAUGAGGGAAAGGAUUAAAGGCCGCCUGUGUGAAGAAGAAAAAAGACGAGGCGAAAAUUUAGACCUACUUAAGAAGAUAGAAGAAAGCCUUCAGCAGAGAACAGAGUUGUGUCAAAGACUCCAGGAGGAAGCCACAGCCAGAGCAGAUAGAGUAAAUAUGAAGCAAGAGGCGCUUGCCAGAGCCAAGGAAAUUGUUGCUGAAAAAGAAAACAGCGACAUGCAAAAUAGAAGGAGAGAGCUUGCUGAGGAGUUCGAGGGCUCGCUAAACCGCGUGAACAAGGUGGAGCUGGUGCUUUCCAAAGAGAUGACAAGCACGGUUGAGCGAAUACUUGCAAUGGGGGAGAGCGCCAAAAAGUCUGGGUUUAUGAGCCUGUUUAGGGCAGUUCACCUGCACCUUAUGAACGAGAUGAAGGAGUUUAUCCGGGAGCUGAAAAAUCUCUCCGGGACCAUACGAGUGGAUAUGCUGGUGGGCCUGGCAAAGGCGCUGAACCGCUCUAUCAUUAUGGCAGACCGCGCAUAUCUGGAUAUUGAGGCGCGAAGAAGGCUCUAUGUUGAUGUGUUGUUUGCAGAGAUAGAGGAGAGCUUUUCCCAUCAUUUCUUCGGGGGAUUUGAAACAAACCGGCUCGACAAGCCAGAGUGGUACAUGGAUUAUCUUUUGUCCGCGCUCUCUGAGCACGACAAGAUAUUUUCUGUGCUUUCGCACGUGGACGAGCUGGCCGCAGAGAUAGAGUGCGACGAGUUUGAGCGCGAGAACAAGAAGAAGUACUUUUCCGAGCUUAUUGGCAAAAUCUACGCGCAAAUUGUGUUUAGAAAGUUAAACGAGUGCGUGUACAGUGACUCUCGGCAGAAAAAGGAGCUGAUCAUGCACCACGUGCACGAGCUGAAGGGCUUCCAGAGAAAGCUCCAGGAGGCCUACGGGUGCGGGAAAGUGCCUUCUAUACCAGAGAAAGAUAGCGCGGAAAUACAGAGAGUAUUUAUUGAGUCCACGAAGAACGACCUUAUGCGGAUUCUGGGAAUGUGCUACAGCGAGUGGAGCGAGCAUUUUCUGGAGCUCCUGAAAAAGGCGUUCAAGCAGUCCGCGUCUAUACACCUGAUCAUACCAAACGCGCACGCACUUCUGCUGGAGGAAGCAACAAGCAAGUACUUGGAGUGUCUUUCGGCCUUUCUGAACUCUUUUUUGUACCAGAAGGACGAAGAGCAGAAAAUACUUGUCCACUUUAUAGAGGAGGCCGUGCACCUGGAAGAGGAGCUUCUGAACAUAGAGACAGAGUUUGGAACUGCCGUUGGGGAAAUAACUAUUUUGGAGGUUCCGUAUCUGGAGAAAUUCAAAGGGGAGAUACUGAGCAUUCUGGAGAGGGUUGUAGAAGAGAAAAUAGAGAGCGCGCUCAAGCCGCUGGUAAGCUACCGGUUCAUGGAGAGUGCAGAGCACGCAGACGCAAUGUCAUGCUUGGCUGACACGGUCCAGCACGAGCUGUCGCUUUCUGAGAUGCCAGAAGUUACAAAGUGGAUGCACAGCACAAUCGGCAAAUCGGUCGACGAAUAUCUUUCUAGAGAGGUGCUGUCUUCAGACAUCGACAAUGUUUCAGAUGUAGAUAUAAUUAGAAGUACGCUGGACACUGUAUCUGAAAUAUUUAAAGAGUACAAAGUAGAGUAUGCUCUUUCCAAGUCUAAAAAAAGACACUGUGAGCUACUAAAGAGUUUUCAGUGA